AUGAGCUACCCUGGCGGCGCGACUCUUCAUGACCCAGUGGUGAAACGCAUCGAGUUGCAGAUGAUCGGCCCGUACCUGGGAGUUGUCGCCGCCGCGCCGUUGACUGCUCAGUCGUCUUCGGAUAAUGUCUCGGGCUCGGCAGAUCGGGGAGGUCGGGAAUCUGAAAUCCUCCCAAUCCUCCAAUCUUGCGUCGACAUCCCCGUGAUGACGUGA